GCAGGGGAGCGUCUGGAUACCGACGGUCCUCGCUUCCUAGCUCCGUCUUCCCUCCUUAACCACUAGUUUAGUUCGGCUCGCAACUUAUUGUUGACUAAAUGCACUAAAAUGGCUUCUCCUAGUUCUCUGUUUUCCUCCAUGUCCAAGUUCAGCUUCAGAAGGCGGGACAAGGACUUUAAGCACAUCGCUCCCGGUUUGGUUCCCUCUGCCUCGAUCGCUCCCAAACCAGCUGUUCCUCGUACCCCUCCUCCCCGCAGCCCCGCCCCCUCUCCUGAAAGACCAAGGUCCGCUCUAGCGGCGGCCAUCUUGUCUUCCUCUCUGACCGGGAGGACGUUCGCCAUCCCUCCUGCUGGGCCCCGCACGCUCUCCGCCGCCGGCCGCUCCCUGUCCUUCUCCGGUCUGCCACAGGAGGGCGCUGCACCCUAUUCAAGGGACAGAUGGUCAGGGGACCACGACAGGAGGCCUCGACUGCCCUCCCCUGGGAGCUCUGACGACGAAGAGGAGGAGGAGCUACAGUAUGAGGAAGAGGAGGAGGACAAGGAGGAGGACGAGGAGGAGGAGGGCGAGGAGGAGAGGGAGGAGCCGGAGGAACUGUCAGACGAAGAGCAUCACAUCUACCAAACACUAGACGGACAGGCCAGCCUGCCUGUCUGUCUAGACAGACGGACCGACCGUCCUGUUUGUGUUGGCACACAGGACGGGCAGCCAAUCACAGAGCCCGUCUACACCCUGCCGGUUAAACCUAAGCGUAUUUUUCAGGAAGAAGUAAAUUCAGACAAAGAGUUCCCACAGGAAUCUGAUCCGUACGCCCUGCGUGUCAGGGGAGAGAAGCCGGUUAAGCAGCUGACACAGCAGAAGUUCCAGUCCGACAGAAGUAAUCCUGCACAAGACGUUACCGUGGAAACCAGCAGCCCGUCUCCAAAAGCGGGGCGCGGUUCUUCCAAAAGGAACACGCCGCCGCCCCGGAAGAGUUCUGGCGUCCUGGAGGAACAGGUUCAGAACCUCAAACUGACCGUCCAUCGACUCAGCGUGGAGCUCAGCCGCUACCAGGCCCAGACCAGACCUCUGGGCCAGCAGCAGGGCUCCAGGACCGACGGUUUACCGACGACAAGCUCGCCUCAACCAUGGCUGUCGGACAUGAAGUAUCUUUCUCCUCUGCUAUUGGCCUACGAAGACAGGAUGGCAGAGAAAGACGCACUCCUGCAGGCUGUUAAGGAGGAAGUGACGGCGUUGCGGGUUCGCGUCAAGGAAGUGGUCACAGAGAACCAGACUCUGCAUGACCGACUGGUCACCUCAAAGGGGGUUUCUCAGCAGGACUGGCGUGGUCUCCAAGAAAAGGCUGCCCUGGUCCUGAAGGAGAACCAGGUUCUGCUGGACCAGCUGGAGGCCCAGCAGAAACUGAGCCAGACCAGCCACAGCCAGCACCAGACUGAGGUGACCCGCCUGACCAAGAGGUUGAUGCUUAUGGAGGAGGAGGGGCGGGUCUUGCAGGUGAGGAUGGAGGAGGAGUGGGCGGAGCUUAGGACCCUGCGGAGCCGCAUGAAGGAGGCGGUCCCCAGGGAGGAGCACUGUGGCAUCACCGGGAAGCUACACCGCCAACUGGAGCAGGAAGAGCGACGGCGGGAGCAGGAGGUGGAGAAGAUGCACGCAAAGGUUUUGGGUCUGGAGGAUGAGAAGAGAGUACUGCAGGCGCAGAACUCCUCGCUGACCCAGGAGCACCGGACCAUGGAGCAGGAGCUGCAGCUGUCUGAGCAGGCCCGCAGGAAGGCGUGCAGCAGGCAGGCUGUGCUGGGCGGCCAGCUGGAGGAGAGUGUGAGGCAGGAGGAGGAGGCUCGUCUGCUGCUGGCCAACCUGCUGACCCUGGCCCAGAGGAGCACCCUGGAGAGAGACCACCUCGCCCUGCUGGCCACGGCCCUGGAGCAGGAGAAGGCAGGAGGCGUCCGCUCGCUCCUGGAGGGAACACUACGGCUCCGCAAGCUCCACGACAAGGUUAAGGUGUACCGCGGGCGUGUGUCGGCGGGCCAGGCGCUGGCGGAGCGGCGGCAGCGGGACCAGGAGGCGGCGUUGGCGUCGAGCCAGCGAGAGAUCCUCCGGCUACAGCAGCAGCUGGGAGACAGACAGAGCACCCUGGACACAGUGCUGCAGAGCAGGCAGGAUCUGGAGGCGGAGCUCGGGGUGGUGUGGGAGGCGGCCACCCGGGAGGAGCAGGGGAUGAGGGAGACGCUCCUGAACAACUGCCCCAGUCGGGGCGUCCAGAGCCUGGGUCUCCUGGGCAGGACCGGCCCUGACUGGUUCUCGGAGGCUGCAGAGCCAUCAGCGCCCCACAAGGCCCACCACCACCACCACUCGGCCAAUGAGAUUGAGAAGCUCGGGCUGGACUUCUACUCCUGAGGCUCCAAGGCGAGAGGGGAAGCUCGCUCCUCGUCCUUCGUCACAGUGCGACACUAAAACACUAAACACAAACCAAUCAACUCUUUUCUACCGUCUGGACAAUGCGUUUUUUUAAAGUAAUGCUUUUUUUUGUAAAACAUCUUGAACUAGGGCACGCUCCCAGAAUUGCAGGCUGUAUCUGCUCUCAGAGUGUCUUCUGGACUGCAAGUCCCACACUGACUGUUACUGCGUUCAAAGGAUCUUCUGGACCACAACUCCCACACAGACUGUUACCUCUCAAAAAAUUGUCUUCUGGACUACAACUCCCACACUGCUGGCUGCAACCACUCUCAAAUUGUCUUCUGGACUACAACUCCCAAUCUGUCUGUAACUACUCAAAUUGUCUUCUGGACUACAACUCCCACACUGCAGACGGUAACUGCAAUAAAAUAUUGUGUUCUGGACUACAACUCCCACACUGCUGUGUGUGUGUGUG